AUGAAACAUAUUGGAAUUGUUGAUAUUACAACAGCUGGAGCAUGUUUAUGUGCAAAUGAAAUUGUUGCACAAUCAGCAAAAAUUACUUUAUCAAAAAAACAUCCGGAAUUUACAAUGCAUGCAUUUUCAUACGAUCAAUAUUAUGAUUUGAUUCAUCGAAAAGAUUGGAUUAAUUUAGCCAAAAAAAUAUGCGAAUCAAUUGAAUUACUUUCGAAAGUUGGUGCUGAUUUUAUCAUUAUUCCAUCAAAUACACCUCAUUAUGCAAUAGAAAUGAUUGAUCAGAAUUCACCAUUACCUGUGAUUAGUUUAAUCGACAUUGUCACUGAUGAAUGUCAUAGAAAAGGUUAUAAGAAAGUUUUAGUUCUCGGCACAAAACAAACAAUGCAAGGAGGAUUGUAUGAUGAAGUAUUAAAAGCAAAAAAUAUCCUUUCAAUUAUUCCUACAGAUGAUGUUUGUGAUAAAAUUGAAAAUUUAAUAAGAAAUGAGAUUAUUCCAUCAAAAAUAAAUUCAAUGACAGUAGAAAAUAUUCAAAAAGAUAUUGAAAAAUAUGAUUGUGACGCAAUUAUUCUUGGAUGUACUGAAUUACCCAUUGUAUACGAUGAAAAUAAUCUUGGAAAACCUGUUGUUGAUACAACUCGUUUACUUGCUCAUUAUGCUUUACAAUUUGCUACUGAAAACGAUCAUUGA